AUGGAAGAGACGAUUGAUCGAGUGGCAAACCACACCGACGAGUUAAUCACUGAGGUACAAAUAACGCUAAACGGGACAACGAUAGUGGUCUCUCAACUCGGCGAUGCGGUUACGGUGUUGCUCGACAAGCUCUACGAACUCAUUUUCUGGACUCUAAUUAUAGUGAUACCGGUGUUAUGCGUAUCUGUACUGUUGAUUACGACUGGUUGUCUGAUACGCAGCUGUCGCAGGCCAGUGCGUUACAUUCCGCACUACCGAGAGAUUCCACUUGUUCGGGAAAACUACAGUUCAUCAAAGUUGUUCCGUGAUGAGGCUGAAGAUGUGUGA